UUGGGUCUUUCGUUACGGCUUCCAGCAUUUCAUUCGUUAAUAUAUCAAAUACCCUUUUAUACACCCAAUCAGUCAAGGUAUUACAUCGCAGGUAAAAUAGCAUAGCCAUCGGCGUACUCGAGGGUAAAUUGGACGCACGAUGUCUUUCUCGCCGCCACCCACUUCUCCAUCCUCUCCCCACAAUGCUUUCAACAGUCUAUCCAUGGAAGAGCGAUGGGCUCGGCAUCUCCGCAACCGUCAAAAUAUGAUCACAGGGGUCGGAACUUCAGCUACGAUUAAGCAGCAGAAUUGUUAUCAUGAACAAAUCUGGGGACAAUCGACUACUACACUACACCCACUAAGCCCAGCGCUGGUUUGGUCGCAGCUUCGUAAGCUACUAACUGGACAAAUUCCCCUUGGGGUGAUUGGAUUUUUGAGCAAGUAUGCAAGAGAACACGAACCAAGCGAAUAUCAUGGACUAGAGGCAUCUCCAUGCCGAUACAGCGAACGGCGAAACCGCUUUGAAUUUGUCGAUUCGCCCUCACCAUCGCUUCGCGAUAGAUCAGACUCGCUUUCGUCUGUAAAGACGGUCGUGUUUACCGACGGAGCGUCAAGCUAUACUAUCCAUGCGGAAGAUAAUAGGCUUGUGAACGGUCUGGGUUGGUGGAUAAGUAACGCGUGCAGACAUUCAAGGGAUAUCUCGUUCUACGGGUUGAUGAAGAUGAUUAUUCAUAAAGCUUACGCACUCUUUAUCACCACUGACGCUGCGACUCAGACCGCCUCAUUCAAUAGCAAUGACACCUAUAUCAUCAGUGAUGGUAUUCAAGCUAAUAUGAAUGGCCGUAUUAGCGGUACUGUUUUAGCUGUUGGAGGGGGUGUGGAAAAAAGUGUUGGUAUUUCUACUCAAGCACCUGGUCGUCAUAUCCGAUGGUCUGAUAUCGAAACCACACGCUCUAUGACUGAAAACCUCACCGCUGCUCGUCAGGGCAGUAAUAAUAACGGAAAGAAAAGCAUUCCUGUUUCAUGCCCUGCUUUCAGCGUUCCCAAUCACUUGCUUACGGUGAAUGAACAUGUGUCGACACCGAAUGUGGUUGUUACAGAAGCAUCACCUCCGGCAUCCCUUAAUGACGCAGAGAAUACAAGUCCUACGAGAACCCCAGUUCAUACUAGAGCUUCUAGUCCUACUGGAGAAUCCACUGCUAAUCCUGCAUCGGGGGCUUCUGUGUCCUCUCCAAAUCCGUCAACGAAUAAUCAACCAUCCAACGGCCCCUCGCUAGGGUCUGCCGAGACUUUAGUUAACGCGGAAUCUGCCAACCGCCGCGGCGAAGCUCACACCUCUACUUCGCGCAAGAGAGAAUCCGCAAAUCGCACCGAUACGUCGACGCUUGAGCAGGAACCGCAAAGCGAGGGCGUUGAUAACAUAUCACUGCCUGCGGACUGGACGCCUGUUCUUCACCAGAUGGUUCCUUUCGAGCAGGAAUUAGAUCGUGCGAUGGUGUCGGGACUGCAACCACGACCUGGGUCUGAGCUCCCGCCGGGGUACCAGCCGGAGUCCUAGAUAGAACUCCAGCCGAUACAGAGAGGUGCCGCAAACCAGCCGCCGGCCCCUAGUGUGAACCAGCCCCCUAAUGUUCAGCAAGGCGGCAUACCGGUGGUCCCUGAUAUCGAGCAGGGCGCAGUAAUAGCACCCCGUAGGCCAUCCGCCCGGAAGUGGUUGCAAAGAGAGAUGAGAGACUGUAGGAGGUGGUUCCUCAACAUGU